AUGGCGACCCACAGGGGCAGCCGUUUCCUGUGGCCAAAGUGGUCACUGUUGCUGCUACUGUUGGGCUUGGUGGUACCUCCUGCUGCACCCCAGACCUACACCUACCAGCAGGCUGUACUCCGUGCUGUGGAUGGCCUCAACCAGCGGUCCUCAGAUGCCAGUCUGUACCGCCUCCUCGAGCUGGACCCGGAGCCCAGUGGAGAUGACAACCCAGACACCCCAAAACCUGUGAGUUUCACGGUGAAGGAGACAGUGUGCCCCAGGAGGACGCGACGGAACCCAGAGAAAUGUGCCUUCAAGGAGAAUGGGCUGGUGAAGCAGUGUGUGGGGACUGUCACCCUGGACCAAGUCACAGGCUCCUUUGACAUCACCUGCAAUGAGCCCCAGCGCGCCUCCGCUCUUAGGAAGCUGGGUGGAUUACUCCGGAGGGGUGGAGAGAAGAUCGGCAGAAAGAUCGAGAAAAUUGGCCAAACAAUCAAGGAGUUUUUUCAGAAUCUUGCACCCAGGACAGAAGAAGAAGAAGAGUCCUAG